CCCAAAACAAGUCGAGUUUCUUGUGUCGGCAGGCGGGAUGAAGUCAUUUACCUAACUUUAAACAUCUGAUUGCACAAGGUUUGGAGGUAAACGGGAUGACAAUAAUCGUAUCUGUAUCUCGACUCUCUUUUCCGUAGCAAUCAUCUGCUGUUUCUCUUUACUACCCGAAUCCUUGCUUCCGUCAUACCCGCGUCCGCCAUGCAGACCAAUAUUCUCGCGGUCCCUUUCCGCAAGGGAACCCAGCUCUCGCUGUCGACAGCCAUUCGGCAGUACAUAUCUACCAAAUAUGAUCAGCAUCCUGACAUGUUUCGGCAAGAUCUGGAGGUGAUCGACGCGCUGCGGCGCGACGCUGUCAACGUGCGCGAGCCGCAUCCUAGCGGUGUCGCAAGAUUACAGGCCUACGCCGGACAACUAGUCUGGAUCGGUGGAAAGUUCCCCAUAGAUAUCGGCGCAGACUUCACAUGGUAUCCCGCCUUAGGAUACAAUACGGAACGACCUAUAGUACAUAAUAAUCUGAAAUUCGAACUUGCCAACAUCCUAUACAAUAUCGCCGCAUUAUACUCCCAGCUAGCUAUAGCUAGCAACCGGUCCAGCACGGAUGGGCUCAAAACCGCAGCGAGCUACUUCAGCCAGUCGGCGGGCGUCUUGACACACUUGAAGAAUGAAGUUAUACCUGAACUGCGGACUGCUCCGCCCGAAGAUAUGGAUGAACACACCUUGGACUCCUUGGUAAAACUGCAGCUUGCUCAGUCCCAAGAAUGCUUCUGGCAGAAGGCCGUUAUGGACGGUUAUAAGGAUGCAUCAAUUGCGAAGCUAUCCGCCAAGGUGUCCGAUCUAUACAACGAAGCGGGCGAGGCGGCAAUGAGAUCAGAAGCCAUAAGUAGUAGUUGGAUUCACCAUAUGAGUGCGAAACACCACCACUUUGCUGCUGCUGCUCAAUAUCGCGCAGCCUGCGAUUGCCUGGAAAAGCGAAAGUACGGCGAGGAGGUAGCAAGGCUGCGCGACGCUGUUGCGUGUGUGACUGAAGGACUUAGGGAGAGCCGUGGGGGCUACUUGCACAAAGCAGUAGUGGAAGACUUGAAUGGACUCAAGAGGAGAGUAGAGGAAGACCUGAAGCGGGCGGAAAGAGACAAUGACGUGAUAUAUCUAAAUCCAGUACCGCCAAAACAGGAACUCAAGAUUUUAGAUCGAGCCACUAUGGCGAUUGCACGAAUACCGCCGCAGGUGUCAGCACCCUUAGACUAUCUAAGCGAGAAGGGCGAGUUCGGCCCCCCUCUCUUCACCAAGCUUGUCCCAUACUCCGUCCACAUUGCCGUCUCUAUCUAUGAAGAGCGCAGAGAUCGCCUUGUAAAUCAAAACAUUAUCGAGAAACUCGAAACACUGAAUGAACGGAUCCAUGAGAUUUUGUCGUCACUCAACCUUCCCGGUUCGCUUCAGGCUUUCGAAAAGCCGCUCGGUCUACCAGGAACACUAGUUCAACACGCCGAGGAAAUUCGCCAGGCAGAUGCGUUGAAUCGGUUGCAAAGAAGCUUCGCAGAUAUCGACAAAUUACGAGCUUCUGAUUUAGCUAUAUUCGAAGAAGGCAAGAAUCUAUUGCAAGCAGAAGAGGAUGAAGAUGUCCAGUUACGUAGAAAAUACGGCACAGAUCGGUGGGUCCGACCCGAAAGCCGUUCUGAGCCCGAUCAAGGCGCAAAGCUCUGGAAUCAAGUAAGAGAUGCGGAAGGAUGGUUUGCAAACAGUGAGAGCAGCGAUGCGGUUGUACGCGACAAAUUCCACAGCAUUGAACCCACAUUAGCAGUUCUCAAUGGACCGGAUCGUGGCAUAUUGGACUUCGUGCCCUCAUCACGCCGCACUGAAAUUCCAGAAACGCUCAAACCAUCGAUUGGUCGUUUACGUACAGCUUAUAACAACAUAGCUCGUCUUGAGGGUCGUCGUCGUAGAAAGGCCGAAGCUCUUCGUGAGAAAGCCCGUAGUGACGACAUCAAGUCCGACAUCCUCGCCGAAGCAGCACGGCUGGAACGCUCCCAAGCAGUAGCGACCGCUAUUGUGCCUGCGCACUUCGAGGAAUUUUUCGAAAAACGCCUAGACUCGCGUUACGAACCUGAUUUGGAGCUCGUGCAAGCGGAGGGUGCCGAGCAGGAGAAGCUUGUCACAGAACUGAUAAGGGUGAACCGUGAAUUCGAGAGCCAGAAGAAGAUGGUGGGCGACAAAGGCAAUAGAGAGAGGGAGCAGGCUCUUCAGAAGCUCGAGAACGCCUAUUACAAAUAUAAGGAGUUGGUUAGCAACGCAGAGGCCGGGCGCAAGUUCUACAACGAUCUCAGCCGUAUAGUAGGCGGUUUCCGAGACGGCGCGCGGAACUUCGUGGCGGACAGGAGACAUGAGGCACGCAUGCUCGAGGACGAGCUAAAUAUGCCGCCGCUGGGCAACCUGAGUCUAGGAGGACAGCAGAGCCAUAUACAACAACCAGUGCCGUCGGCCAGUUCUUCCACGUACGGGUUGGAUGACGGCGCAGUUUAUCAGGGCCAGCGACAGCAGCAGCAGCAGCAGCAGCAGCCCCAGAACUCCUUCAUGACACCACCGGCCCAGCCUAGGCAGCCGGUCCAGAGCCCUCCCGAGGCGCGCAUCCAGUCGUGGGCGCCGGCCGGCGAGACGGUGGCCCCGCAACCGCAGCCGCCGAGGGCGAACCCCAUGCAGAGCGUGUGGAACCCCGGCGCCGGCAUCAAAUUUGCUAGCACGCCGCCCGUAUCCGACGCUGGACAAGGCGGAGGAAGCAAUACGCAGCAGGACAAGAGGGCGGUUAGCGGGACUUGGGAUCGGAAUAGCGCGAUACGGUUCGGUUAGGAAGCGAAUACGUCGCGUCGUCGUGGUCAGGGGCCGGGUUGAUGAGGAAUGACGGAGGAGGUAUGAGGUGUGGUGUAUGGCUUGGGCGGUUGUGGUGUGCAUGUGCUUGCUACUGUUGAGAAGUAAUACAUAUUAUACAUUGAGAUGACCGUAUUACUUGUUACGUAUAAUCACCUACUCAUUCAUUGGAAUAGGUAUGCUAUGACUUGAGUGAAGUUUGAUUUGUCAUCUCUUAACGAGCAAUCUUUGGAAGAGUCAUACAGAAAAGUUCUGUCAUACUUAUUUAGUCGGCAGUUCUGCG